UCGUGACAUCCAUUCCCCUCCUUUAGGCGGAAAGGAAAGUGUUGUCUUCCCCGCUCUGAAUUUACCCCUUUUCCCCUGACAUGGCUGAGAUUCUGGAGUUCCGCGUCCCCCCGGGGAAUGGUCGGACUCUUCUAGUCUUGGGGCUGGAGUCGGAUGAGUUGGAGCAUGCUCUCCAUCUUGCAUUCUCUGCCUUUGGAUUGCUGUAUUCUGUAAAAAUCAACAGCAAUGCUACAGUAGCUGGGCCUGGCUAUUAUGCCUUUAUUAAGUUCUACUCUGCCCGAGAUGCCAACAAGGCCCAACAGGCAUGCAACGGGAAGUCGCUGUUUCAGAAAACUGCUCUGAAGGUUUACAUGUGUACCAGACAGAGGGCCCUUGCAACACAAACAUUACCUUUGAACAGUUACAAAAGCCAAGAAUUAGCCAAUUACUACCUUGGUUUCGAUGGUUGGUCUAGUCGCGUCAUCACUGACUGUGAUGUUCUAAGAAGUGUUUGGAGAAAAAUAUUAAUUCAGGCAAAUCUAUAUUGGUAGUUGUACUUCUUCAUUUCUGGAUGUUUAUUUGUUUUCUUAUUAUGGCCUGUUUAUUUACUUAUCCAUUUAGAUAUUUAUUUAUUUAGAUUUGCUUGCAGCCCAUCUUAUCACAGGGUGACUCUGGGCAGCUUACAAUGUUAAGAUGGAUAAACACGCCCAUAAUAUGAAUAAAAUACUAUAAAGGUACAAAUUAUCAACUAACUAAGAGAUGUGAAGGGAGUAGGGUGAGCAGGGAGGCUGGUGGGAUUUGUUAUUAAGCACCACCAGUGUGACACAUCCCUAUUGAAGCCCCAGGCUAACUGGCAGAGCCAGAUUCUGGGUUCUUACAGAAGGUCAGGAAGGUGGGAGUUGACUUCACUGUCAGGGACAAGAUGUUCCGAAGGGCAGGAGCAACAACAGAGAAGGUUCUUCUGGACCUCAGCAGCCAGGCCGAUGGGGCCCACAGUAUGCCUCCUCUGCUAGCACAGGUGGGGCAGACUAAUCCCAUUGUGAUACACAAUUCCUCAAGUAACCUGGAUCUAUGUCAAGAAGGGCUUUAAAGGUGAUUACUGACAUCCUGAAUUUCGUCCAGAAACAAAGUGGCAGCCAAUGCAGCUCACAGAGCAAUGGUAUAACAAGGACCACUCUAUGGGCCCCAAAAGUUUUAUCCUCCCUUGUAACCUUUGACUGAGUUUUGCCCAUCCAUCCAUUUUUUUCCCCCUUCCACUUUGGUCAUUGCUUCUAUAUGGUGUGGCCCUGUAGUCCUUUUCUCUCCUGAGGAAAGGUAUAAGUUCUAUUUAGAAGCUAGUCCAAUAUGUUUUUUUUAAAAAAUACCUUCAAGGCUUAGUGAAAGAGAUGAAUGAGUCCUUCCUCCCUCCCUUCCUCCCUCCCCCUGUCAACUUUGGAGGCCAUUCUAGGCCGGAAACUUUCCUGCUGCCACUUUCUCAUGUGUCGGAAAGUAGGAGGGAGGAGGGGGAUUUAGUAGAGGGGGCCCAUUAGACACAACAACAUUCUUCCUGCCGGUCAAGGUCAGGCCAGUCCUGCAGCUGGAGGAGGAUUGGUCGGAGUGAUGUCUCGAGAUGGGACGGUUGGCAAUUGGAGCAUGUGAUCGGCAGAGAAAUUAGGGGUUGGGUUUGGAGUUUUGAUUUACUGAGGGAAAACCCGGAUCUCUCACAUUCGGAUUUUCCCAGAUGUGUCAGUUUACCUAUCCUACUAGAAGAACUUUGAAAGAUGCCUGCUUCAGAGUUUUUACUUGGGGAGGGGUUUUACUGGAACGCUGACAUCCUCCCUCCCUCCCUUGAAUUCCAGAGGACAAGGUAGCCGUCUUUUAUUUGUUCUCAGUCCUUCUGACUUGUUCUAGACUGUCUCUAUGUGAGAAUCCAGGUGCUUCUUGUUCCAUGAGUAUAGGGAGCUGCCAAGGAUGCAAGCAAAAUAAGAACUGCGCUCAUGGUGCAGAAUGCUUACCUACAUAAUGCAAAUGUUCUGCAAUAGAAUUACGGGAAGGGGAUGAAAAAGAAUCCAAAGUAGGAUGGAUAAAGGUAUGGACUCUUGUUUUUCCUUCUAUAUAUUACUCGCAUAUGGAACAGCUGCAGAAUGUAUCUGGCUCUGAAGAUGAUGAGAAAGAAGGAGGAGGAACUUUGCCCAGGCACCAUCGUUCAAAGUAUCUUUGUGUGCAAGAAUUAAUUAUCCCAAAUUAUGGGAUUAAUACCAGAGGGUUUGGUG